AUGCUUGUAAAUUUUUGUCGAUGGAGCCAGGUAUUGCCAUCUAUAAGAGAGAAGCAUGAUGAGUUUAUGUUGAGAGAGCUUGUAAAACGGUGGGCAAACCAUAAGGUUAUGGUCAGGUGGCUUUCUCGAUUCUUCCAUUAUCUUGACCGUUACUUUAUAGCUCGGAGGUCUCUGCCACCCCUUAAUGAAGUUGGGCUUUCCUGUUUCCGUGAUCUGGUCUAUCUGGAGUUGAAUGGAAAAGUAAGAGAUGCUGUAAUAUCUUUGAUUGAUCAAGAACGUGAGGGUGAACAGAUUGAUCGAGCUUUAUUGAAGAAUGUUUUAGAUAUAUUUGUUGAAAUCGGGAUGGGGCAAAUGGAUUCCUAUGAAAAUGACUUUGAAGCAGCCAUGCUUAUUGAUACAUCUGGAUAUUAUUCUCGGAAGGCUUCAAGCUGGAUCUUAGAAGAUUCUUGUCCAGAUUAUAUGUUGAAAGCUGAGGAGUGUCUGAAACGGGAGAAGGAUAGGGUUGCUCAUUACUUGCAUUCUAGUAGUGAACCAAAGUUACUGGAGAAAGUUCAACAUGAGUUGUUGACUGUAUUUGCUAACCAACUGCUUGAAAAAGAGCACUCAGGAUGCCAUGCACUGCUUAGAGAUGACAAGGUGGAGGAUUUGUCAAGAAUGUUCAGGCUCUUUUCUAAAAUACCUCGAGGAUUAGACCCAGUUUCCAACAUAUUUAAGCAGCAUGUUACUGCUGAAGGUACAGCAUUGGUUAAACAGGCUGAAGAUGCAGCGAACAACAAGAAGGCUGAAAAAAGGGACGUGGUUGGUUUGCAAGAACAGGUUUUUGUUAGGAAAGUGAUUGAGUUACAUGACAAGUACCUAGCAUAUGUAAAUGAUUGUUUCCAGAACCACACUCUUUUCCACAAGUCUCUUAAGGAGGCUUUUGAGGUCUUCUGCAACAAGGGUGUUGCUGGAAGCUCAAGUGCAGAACUCCUUGCCACUUUUUGUGAUAAUAUUCUUAAGAAAGGUGGGAGUGAGAAACUUAGUGAUGAAGCAAUUGAAGAAACACUUGAGAAGGUAGUGAAGCUGCUUGCAUAUAUUAGCGACAAGGAUUUAUUCGCUGAAUUUUACAGGAAAAAGCUUGCUCGGCGGCUUCUUUUUGACAAGAGUGCUAAUGAUGACCAUGAGAGAAGUAUUUUAACAAAGCUGAAGCAACAGUGUGGUGGUCAGUUCACCUCCAAGAUGGAGGGGAUGGUUACGGACCUGACAUUGGCGAAGGAAAAUCAGAAUAAUUUUGAGGAAUAUCUAAACAGUAACCCAAAUGCAAAUCCAGGGAUUGAUUUGACAGUUACUGUUUUGACUACUGGCUUCUGGCCGAGUUACAAGUCAUUUGAUCUUAACCUUCCAGCAGAGAUGGUAAAGUGUGUUGAAGUAUUUAGAGAAUUCUAUCAGACAAAAACCAAGCACAGAAAACUUACUUGGAUAUACUCACUGGGUACUUGUAACCUCAUUGGGAAAUUUGAAACCAGAACCACAGAACUGAUUGUCACAACCUAUCAAGCUUCUGCCUUGCUACUUUUCAAUUCCUCAGAUAGGCUGAGUUAUUCAGAGAUCAUGACUCAGUUGAACUUGACUGAUGAUGAUGUUAUUAGACUGCUUCAUUCCUUGUCAUGUGCAAAGUAUAAGAUUCUCAACAAAGAGCCAAACACGAAAAGCAUCUCUCCCACCGAUCACUUUGAGUUCAACUCCAAGUUUACUGAUAAAAUGAGGAGGAUCAAGAUUCCUCUCCCUCCUGUGGAUGAAAAGAAGAAGGUGAUUGAAGAUGUUGACAAGGACAGACGGUAUGCGAUUGAUGCCUCAAUUGUUCGCAUCAUGAAGAGUAGGAAGGUUUUGGGGCACCAACAGUUGGUGCUGGAGUGUGUUGAGCAGUUGAGCCGCAUGUUCAAGCCUGAUUUCAAGGCAAUUAAAAAGAGGAUUGAAGACCUCAUCACUCGGGACUAUCUCGAGAGGGACAAAGCUAAUCCCAAUAUGUUCCGGUACUUGGCAUGAUCCGGUCUGGGUUCAACAUGGAGUGGUGACUAUUGCUGCUGGAAAAAGAGGGCCAGCUCAUGGUGGAAAUAGGGCAUAUAAAACAGCCAUAGCCCGAGCCACAAUGAGUGCCUCCUUUGGUGAUUACUCUGGAGGAGAACCUGCGAUGCUUGUAAAUUUUGUCGAUGGAGCCAGGUGUGGAGAACACAACUAUAGAUUGUGAACCGGUGGUGGAGAAAUUGUUAUUAAUUUCAUAAUGUGGUUCACUUUCACCAAGGGACCAUGCAGAUCUGUCUUCUUAUUAUGCAAAAUCCAUUUCAUGACCUAGUUGAAGUUUGUUUGUGAAUUUAUAUCUUGCUUUCCCUGCGCUAAAACGUGUAUUUUCAUCUAUUAAAAUUGCAUUUUG